ACUUCCGGUAGGAGCCUCGGAGGAAUGGUCUCCGGGUAGAGGCAGGUAAGGGUGUCCCGGGCCGGUGGAGAAGGUAGAGCGGCCUCACCUGGAAUCCGAAUCAGGACUUGGACCAGAGCCUUCCCUGAGGAUGCUGAAGCAACACCUUCUUUGGACUGAGUUUCUUCCAGAAGGAACCAAGAAGAGGAUUAAUUAAUACAUUCAAUUCUAAAAUAAGCCAUGGCCCAUGAGUUGGUGAUGUUCAGAGAUGUGGCUAUAGAUGUCUCUCAGGAGGAAUGGGAAUGCCUGAACCCAGCGCAGAGGAAUUUGUACAAGGAGGUGAUGUUGGAGAAUUAUAGCAACUUGGUGUCACUUGGCUGGAGUGCAAUGGUAUGAUCUCGGCUCACUGCAACCUCUGCCUCCCGGAUUCAAGCGAUUCUCCUGCCUCAGCCUUCUGAGUAGCUGGGAUUACAGGACUUUCUGUUUCUAAGCCAGCCAUAAUCUCCUCAUUGGAGCAAGGGAAGGAGCCCUGGAUGGUUGUGAGGGAAGAGACAGGAAGAUGGUGCCCAGACUUGGCAUCCAGAGAUGAGCCCCAGAAGUUACCUCCAAAAAGUGGUAUUUAUGAAACAGAAUUAUUCCAGUGGGUUAACAUGGAGGAAUUUAAAAGCCAUAGUCCUGAGAGAUCAAUUUUCAGAGAUAUCUGGGAAGGCAACUGUCAUUUUGAGCAACAUCAGGGACAAGAGGAGGGUUAUUUUAGACAACUUAUGAUUAACCAUGAAAACAUGCACAUUUUUAGCCAACAUACUUUACUCACUCAAGAAUUUUAUGAUAGAGAGAAAAUCUCUGAAUGUAAAAAGUGUAGAAAAAUCUUCAGUUACCAUUUAUAUUUUAGUCACCACAAAAGAACUCAUUCUAAAGAACUUUCCAAAUGUAAAGAAUGCACGGAAAUGGUUAAUACACCAUGCCUUUUUAAACAACAGACAAUUCAAAAUGGUGACAAAUGCAAUGAGUGUAAAGAAUGUUGGAAGGCCUUUGUUCAUUGCUCACAACUUAAACAACAUCUAAGAAUUCAUAAUGGUGAAAAACGCUAUGAAUGUAACGAAUGUGGGAAGGCCUUUAAUUAUGGCUCAGAACUUACUCUACAUCAAAGAAUUCACACUGGUGAGAAACCUUAUGAAUGUAAAGAAUGUGGGAAGGCCUUUAGACAGCGAUCACAGCUUACUCAACAUCAGAGACUUCAUACUGGUGAAAAACCCUAUGAAUGUAAGCAAUGUGGGAAAGCUUUUAUUCGUGGCUUUCAACUUACUGAACAUCUGCGACUCCAUACUGGUGAGAAACCUUAUGAAUGUAAAGAAUGUGGAAAGACUUUUAGGCAUCGCUCACAUCUUACUAUACAUCAGAGAAUUCAUACUGGUGAGAAACCCUAUGAAUGUCGGGAAUGUGGGAAGGCCUUUAGCUAUCACUCAAGCUUCUCGCAUCAUCAGAAAAUUCAUUCUGGCAAGAAACCUUAUGAAUGUCAUGAAUGUGGGAAGGCGUUUUGUGAUGGCUUACAACUAACCCUACAUCAGAGGAUUCAUACUGGUGAGAAACCCUAUGAGUGUAAAGAAUGUGGGAAGACUUUUAGACAGUGUUCACACCUCAAAAGACAUCAGAGAAUUCAUACUGGUGAGAAACCUCAUGAAUGCAUGAUAUGUGGUAAGGCCUUUAGACUUCAUUCACACCUUAUUCAACAUCAAAGAAUUCAUACUGGUGAGAAACCCUAUGAAUGUAAGGAAUGUGGGAAAGCCUUUAGCUAUCAUUCAAGCUUCUCGCACCAUCAGAGAAUUCAUUCUGGAAAGAAACCUUAUCAAUGUGGGAAGGCGUUUAAUCAUGGAUUACAACUUAACUUACGUCAGACUCUUCAUACUGGUGAGAAGCCCGUCAGGUUUCCUCUCCUCCCUCCCCAUCCUAGUCUAGCAUGAAAUUUGUUGAUGGAAAUAUACAUUGUCUUUGUUUUAUUUAAGGAAAAUGUUGGUAAGCCACCAUGUUUCAUUAGUAUUGAUUUAUUUACAUAAUCCUUGAAAAUCAAAUGUUUUUAAGUGAGAAAAUGGAAAACUAAUUAAAGUGUAAAUUUUGCUUUCAUUUAAUGCUGUUUCUGAGUUACUGUAUUAACCGUUAUUGAGAAUAAAUUUUCUAAAAUUACAUGUUUCACUGAAACCAGUGAAAUAUAGCAUAAAUAAAAUGAAAACAAUUUCCUCUCCUCCCACAAAUCUCUGCGAUAACCAGUAUGUGUAUUUCUUCUUCCUUUAUGCUCAAAAAGCCUGUACACAGAAAGUGUUUGUUGCAUGUGUUUGGAGGAGAUUUUACCCCCUAUACGGACAUUUGACAGCAUCUUGUCCUUUUCACAAUAAUCAUAAAUACUUUUCCAGGUCAGUACAUAAAGAUGUAACCCAUUCUUUGUAAGGUUCAGAAUAUUUCUAGAAUGGAAUGUGUCUGUAUUUUGAGCCAUUACCUACAACAGACAUUCAAGUUGUUUCUAAUGUUCACCUGGAACUCUAGUUUUACCUUCUUUUGUUUCUGUUGUGCAGAUUCCCAACAGUGGGAUUAAAGAGUAUCUGGCGUAUGUAUUUUGGCAUCACAUUUAUUUUUUAAAACCUUCUAAAUUUUUUGCUUAAUAGAAGCACAUAUUAUAAAAUUCAAAAAUUACCAAAAAUGUGAAAAUUAAUUCUCCCCUAACAUCCAGUUCUGUAGCCACUCACCUUCUCUCCACAGGUGCAACAACUGCUAACAGUUUCUUUUUAUUCUAACAGGAAUAUUUCAUGUAAAUUUCAUAAAUUUUUGGACAAAAGUAGGUUAUUCAUAAUACGUGAUUUAUUACACAUUCUCAUCGUAAGUCCACAUUUGGCCCACUUCAUUUUUUUUUUUUUUUUUGAGACACGCCCAGGCUGGAGUCCAGUGGCCCAAUCUUGGCUCACUGCAACCUCCACCUCUGAGUUUCAAAAUUCUCCUGCCUCAGCCUCC